AUGUCUGCAGUUGAUGCUUCUGUGUGUUUUUAACAGAGGUAAAUCAUCUAGUCAUUUAAGAGUUCUAUUUAGUCAAAAAGGAGAAAAUGAAAAAGCACUCCUAGACUACAACAUGGCCAUCCAAUUAAAUCCAAAUUAUGCUGAUGCGUAUAUGAACAAAGGUAAAUCAUUUAAUCAUAUAAUUAGGAGUUCUAUAUAAUAAAAAUGUAGAAAUUGAAAAAGCACUCCAAGACUACUAAAUUGUUCUCCUUUUAACACCAGAUCAUCCAGUUUAUCUUACAAACUUAGGAAGUCUCUAUUUUAAAUAAAAAUAAUUUGGUUAAGCAAAUAUUUAUUUUGCAAAAGCAAAACAAUCAUUAGAUUCGAAUAAUCAACAAUAGAUAUCGAAAUGGAAUUUAUCUAAUUCAAAUCUUGCAUAUAGUAAUAAAGAACUUAAUCUACUUAGAGAAAUUUAAAAUUAGAUAUAAACAACAGAUAUUUGA